GUCUCCCGCCAACUGCCUCGGAAAUUGACCGCGAGAGCACCAGUACAACAAUGUCGGCAGUAUGCCAAUGAUGCGUGGAAGCAGCAGGUUCGCUAUGGAUCGCCCGGGCGUCAGACCGUGGAGGUGUGGUAUCCCAAGACCCGAAUUGCAAUCGGCGUGGUGUUCAUCAGUGCUCUGGUCUAUUCAAUGGUCACAGAAGAUGUCGAACGGACCGAAGCCCCAUCCAUUGCCGAGCGCGAUAGCCUGACGAAGAGGGAAUCCGGGAUCACAGAAAACUCCCCUAUGCGACUUCGAAUGGAAGCCUUCAUCAAAGAACACCAAAAGAAAAUCGUGCGGGAACUGGAGAAGGUGGACGGCAAAAAGUUCACCAUCGACUCGUGGACAAGACCGGAUGGCGGUGGCGGAAUAACAUGUGUCCUGCAGGAUGGGAACGUCUUUGAGAAGGCGGGGGUGAAUAUCUCCGUGGUGUAUGGAACGCUGCCGAGGGCGGCCAUCGCAAAGAUGCGUGUCAACCACAAAGCCUUGGAUCCCGAUGUAGAGAGCUUGGAAUUCUUUGCUUCUGGAUUGAGCAUGGUUCUACACCCAAUCAACCCAAUGGCGCCUACCGUUCAUUUGAACUACCGGUACUUUGAGACCGCGAACGCUGACGGGACAUCAAAUGCUUGGUGGUACGGGGGUGGAUGCGACCUUACCCCGAGCUACCUGUUCGAUGAGGACGCGAUCCAUUUCCACAAGACCAUCAAAUCCGCAUGCGACAAGCACGACAAAGACUACUACCCGCGGUUCAAGAAGUGGUGCGACGAGUACUUCCGCAACACCCACCGCGGCGAAUCCCGCGGCGUCGGCGGUAUCUUCUUCGACGACCUGGACGAGUCCGAGAAAGACCAGGAACAGCUGUUUUCCUUCGUCAAGGACUGCCUCUCCGCCUUCCUGCCCUCCUACCUCCCCAUCAUCAACAAGCGAAAAGAUCUGCCCUAUACGGAGAAAGAGAAGCAGUGGCAGCAGCUGCGGCGCGGACGAUAUGUGGAGUUUAAUCUACUACAUGAUCGGGGCACAGCGUUUGGAAUCCAUACCCCUGGAGCCCGAGUCGAGAGCAUUCUCAUGAGCCUUCCUUUGACGGCGAGAUGGGAAUACAUGCAUUUCCCUGAGAAGGGCAGCCGAGAGCAGCGCCUUGUCAAUGUCCUCCAAACACCGGUCGAAUGGGUCUAGACGAAUCAUGUCAUCACACUAUACCAUAUCUGUACAAAAGAAAACGAAUACAAAGG